CGGUACCGCGCGGACAUUUUCUAGCUAGCUUAGCACGGCUCGUUAACAGCUGCUUGGUUGCUAGACGACUCAAUCUGCCAACAGCGAUGUGAAAACAGCAACCUCUGCGUGGAAACAAACUACAUUUUAGCGGAUUUCAGGAGAGCUAUGGUCAGCAGUGUUUAUCGCCGGCUCGUUACACGCUGUAUCCGCAGUGUUGUGGACUGAAAUUUAUGUUUAGUGCAACUGCUAAGAUGUCUCUGGAGGCGAGCGACGUUCAGACAGAUGAAGACUGCGAGGAGCUGGUUGAGGAUGGCUUCUCUUUCUCUGCUGAUAUAUUGGAAAAGAGAACAAGGAGGAAGAGAUCUUCUGGCAAGCCUCCGCUUUCUCCAAGGUCUCCGUACCUCUACAGUAUGAAUGUGAACCCCAGGAGAGCGGCAGUGGCGGCCUGGAGACUGCCGAGGGCCUCCCUUGGGGACACCAGAGGGGACACACCGGGAGAGAGCAGCUCAGCUCGCCUCACAUCCCUCAGCAACGGCCAUGAUGCGUCCCAGACGCUGAGAUCAGAGUGCGACGUCACACCAGAGCUUCUCAAACAGACCUUGAGCAUGAGGCGGCACAAACAUCUCCACUCUGGAUCCAAUGGCUUCACCUUCAGCACAGGUGACCACAGAGAUAAGGAGGACAUGAAUGAUGAGAUUAUACGGCUCAAAAAGAGUCUCCACGCACAGAAGUCUGACAACCAGAAAAUGAAAGCCAAACUACGCCGCCUAGAGGAGGACAACGCUAAAAGAGAGAAACAAAUAGAAGAACUGUUGGAUCCCACUAAAGGAUCUGAAUACACUCGUAGUUUGGUGGAUAAGAAAAAAGAAGGGAGUGUGGUUCUCAAUGGGCUGAAGCAGAGAAUCCUGAAGCUGGAGCAGCAGUGUAGAGAGAAAGAAAACGCUCUGAGUAAACUACAAAGUGAGCUGAGGACCACCGCCCUGGAGGAGCUGAAGAUCACAGUAGAAACCUACUUUGAAGAGAUCCAGAGGCUGAGGAUUCUUCUCGAAGCUGCAGAGAAAAGUAGUCGAGCAGAGAGUAAAUGCUCACAGAGGCAGCAGAAAGCUUUGAGCUCCACGGUUCAUCGUCUGUCUGAGAACCUGAAGCAGCUCCAACAGGAGAACUCGGCGCUCAGAGAGGAGCUCGACACCGACAGUCCUGCAGGAGGAAUCAAAGGUUACAGAGAGUGGAGUAAACAGAGACUGUUGCGAAGGCUGUUGGAGGUGGAGAAGAGGCUGGAGGACAGCAGAAGACACGCCCAGUCAGCAAAGAGUAGCAGCCGAUUGGAUCAGGAGGUCCAGGCCACGCCAAAUGUCAUUCCGGGGUUUACCAUGGCAACAGAGGCAGUUGUCUCCGUGGGAACUUGCACUGAGGAGGGAGAGGAGGUGUCUGAGCUGAGAGAACGCCUCAGCCAAUUGGAGAAGGAGAGGGCGGGGCUUCAAGAGAUGCUGACAAGUAAAGAUGAUGAACUGAGACAGUUGAGGACAGAAAGAGAAGAACUGGAGAAAGAGACAGAACGAUGGAAAGCCGAACAGACAAAAGAACGAGACAAAGAGAGACGGGAGCACAGACAGGAAUUGGACCAGUUGAGAGCAAGGAUCCAAACUCUGGAAGAUGGAAGUGAACCUGCACACGCUGAGCCCUCCUCUGCCUCUGCAUCAUCGCCAGAGGACAAUGAAGGUGCUCAGGAUGGAGCAGGUGUGGGAGAAGAGAGGGAAACUGGCAGUAAAGAAGAGGAGGAGGGGGCGGGAGAUGAAGAAAUGGGUACAGAUGCAGGGAUGCGAGAAAGAGAGAAGGCAGCAUUGGUCAUCCAGACACACUGGAGGGAGCACAGAAAUAGGGACAUUGUGAUGUUGCAGUCAGCACUUAGAGGCCACCUCCUCCGAGAGUCACAGCUCAAGGACCUGCUGAACGACACACAGAGAAAGGCUGUAGAAGCAACAGACCGUGGCGAUGUUACACCCUCUGCUGUAGAAGGAGAGCUGGACGCGGCCUCCCUGACGAUGAUCCAGUCUGCAUUCAGGGGACACCUGACUCGCUGUAGUCUCGUAAUAGAGAGCUCCGGGGUCCCUGAGCCUUCUCUGAUGGGAAACAGUUUGCCUGCACUGGUACCGAGAAGAAAUCGCUCAACACACACGUCCAUCAGAACAGGUGCUGCAUCCCUCCAUAAAGACGCUGGGAAACAGGCAGAGGAGGAGGAACCCUGGCUCGACUCUAAAACAGACCAAACAGAGCUUCGCUGCACAGCCGAGUCCGCUGGAGCCGCCGCAGUUGAGUCCGAUGACUCUGAUGACAUCAUCGUGUCUCCGUCACGUCCUCUGAGAAGCAGAGAAGUCUUAAUGUUAUAAACCUUCUGGAAUUGUGCGUGUGCGUGUGUUUCUGUGUGUGAGAGGAUGAAGGCAGGAGGAGUUUCUGCCGGUUUCUACUCGCAGCCUGUAUGUCACAGACUUGCACAGUCACAUUGUACCAAAUCACGAUGGUUCUGGGUUCUUACUGAACCUGCAACUGUAAGCUGGGAUGUUCCAGUAUUAGUCAGGAUGAUGCAUUUACAAUAAUCGCUAACUGCU